UCUUGUUGCUGUGCGUGGAACCAAGUCGGGCAGGGGAAGAGCUUUUCAACUACCGAAGUUUUUGGAUGCACCGUAUAGUGGAUUCUUCAAUGAGCGCUUUUGAAGCCGCAGGCACUGGCUCGCUGUGAAGAAGUGAGAGCGCGGCAGCUAUUACCUGCGUUUUCCGAAAGCCGAGCAAAAAUGAAAUUCUGGAUAUAUAUGCUUGCUGUAGUCUUGGCCAUCGAGUCUACGCACGGGGGGACGAAGAUUCAGGAGCCAUGUGCGGGACGGGACUGCAGUGGAGGAUGCCAGUGUAAUCCAGAGAAGGGCAGCAGGGGUCGGCCGGGCCCAUUGGGACCUGUUGGGCCAAAUGGACCCGAGGGGUUUGUGGGCGCCCAGGGCCCCGCAGGGCCCAAAGGUGAUAAGGGCCACAUCGGACUCAGAGGGCCGUCUGGACCCAAAGGGGACAAGGGGCCAAUGGGAGUGCCGGGGUUCCCCGGAACAGACGGAGUGCCCGGUCACCCCGGGCAGGAUGGUAGCAGGGGACCUCCAGGAGUGGACGGCUGUAAUGGAACCAUGGGCGACCCCGGUCCCAGUGCUCCGGAUGGCGUGCCAGGCCUCCCGGGUCUGCCUGGGCUGAUUGGUCCGAAAGGACAGAAGGGCGAGCCCGUGUACUCUGGACUGGGCAGUGGGAUACGGGGGGAGCCUGGAUUGCCUGGGUUGGAUGGCUUGAUUGGUCCCAGUGGUCCAAUCGGUUUCCCAGGUGCAGUGGGUCCAAGAGGUCCAGAAGGAUUCCCUGGUCGACCAGGUCCCCCUGGGCCACCUGGCCCUCCAGGGAGCCCCAGUCAGGGUUUCCAGGGCGAAAGAGGAGACAAGGGGGACGUGGGUCUACCCGGACCCCGAGGAGAGCAGGGGGAAGAGACGCUAGUCGAGCCAGCUAUAAGCACUAUCUUCAAAGGAGAUAAGGGAGACGUGGGCCUCCCCGGCGACCCCGGCCGCCCACUGGUCAAUGGAGUGGUGGAGUUUGUGGGCUUUCCUAAAGGAGACAAAGGAACUAAGGGUGAAUACGGAUUCAUGGGAGUACCAGGUCAGCCAGGACUUCCAGGACCUCCGGGUCCCUUUGGGUUUCCGGGCGAGGUUGGCGAGAAGGGGAUUCUAGGACUGCCAGGAGCGAGGGGUGUUCCUGGUUUAAAUGGACCAAUGGGGCCUCCAGGCAGAAAGGGGUUCCCUGGCAGCCCUGGAUUCCCUGGACAGUUAGGAUAUCCUGGACUUAAAGGAGAACGAGGAGACCCAGGACCCCCCGGGCCCCCUUCAUUUGUUAAUGGGGAUGGGUCAGCUGUCAAAGGUCCUCCUGGAGAUCCAGGGAUUGAUGGAUUCCCAGGCCCCAUCGGUGACCUCGGGCCACCAGGGUUCCCAGGACAACCCGGACUCCCAGGAGCCCCAUCCUUCCUCCCAGGUCGGCCAGGGGCUCAAGGGUUCCCUGGUACUAUCGGACCAAAAGGAGAGAAAGGGAACCCAGGCCGGCCUUCCUUUGGGAGUGAGGGCCUUGCGGGGAGCCCAGGCUUGCCAGGGCCUCCAGGGCCCCCGGGGCCACAAGGGGAAUCCGGUCCUUUAAAUCAAUUUCCAUCUGAGAUCCCUGGAUCACCAGGACAGCCAGGCCAAAGAGGUCUACCUGGUGCCAUAGGAUUCAAAGGACCUAAAGGGGACCCCGGAGAUUGCCAGUGCCUUGGGGGCAACGGGUUCGGUGCCCAGGGCGCACCAGGCCUGCCCGGGAUGCCGGGAAUGCCUGGGUUCUUCGGCAGGAAGGGCGUGACCGGGGAUCUAGGGCCCCAGGGUUUGGCCGGCCCCCCGGGUCUCACUGGUCCCCCAGGCGAACAAGGCUUUUUUGGCCGGAAGGGGGAGAAGGGCGAGUCCUUUUUCCCAUUGGGCAGGGGUGCGAAAGGUGACCUCGGCAGCCCGGGACCCCGCGGGCCGCCGGGAGACAUGGGAAAGCCUGGCCGAGAUGGGCUUCCCGGCUUCCCAGGGCAACCUGGACCUCCAGGGGACGCUGGCUAUGGGGUGGUCGGAGACAGAGGCUUCCCUGGGAUUCCCGGACUGCAAGGGCGACCGGGCGAGCCCGGAGAGGCUGGGAUUGGGUACCAGGGCACCGCGGGUGUCCGCGGGUUUCCUGGAGAUCCAGGCAUUAAUGGCCUCCCGGGCCAGCCAGGAUUACCUGGCCCGCCAGGUGACUGUUGCUGUGGGCAGGCGGGGGUUAAUGACGCCUCUAUCGCAGAGGGAGGAACCACGCUGCCCUGCCGGCUGCCGGGAGAAGCGGGCGACCCAGGUCCUCCCGGACCUCCAGGGCUUCCAGGUCUACAAGGCCAGCCUGGUUUCCCAGGAGAUGUGGGGCGGCCGGGGUUCGAUGGUUUGAAGGGUGAGAGAGGAGACCCAGGCAUUGGGGGGCAGCCCGGACCACAGGGAUUCCCAGGGCCUAGAGGAGACCCGGGGGCACCAGGGCUUCCGGGUGAGAGCAUACCCGGGAUCCCAGGGAAGAACGGCCUGCCAGGGCUUCCUGGGGAAAAGGGACAACCAGGCGAGGUCCUGGGGGCCUCCUCUGGGCUCCCUGGACUACCAGGACUCCCUGGAGAACUAGGGGACAAGGGACAGCCAGGGACGCCUGGACUGGCUGGUGAACCAGGUUUGGACGGGCAGCCUGGAAUACCCGGAGCAAAGGGCGAGCGCGGUGAAGACGGCUUCCCAGGUAUCCCGGGGCCCCCCGGCCCACCAGGGAAUGGCGUCCAGGGAGGGAUACGGGGUCCUGUCGGACCCCCAGGGAGCAAGGGUUUCGCCGGAGCCCCAGGCUGCCAAGGAUUCCCAGGGCUUAAGGGCUCUGCUGGAGACCCUGGGCCCCCAGGACCCGCUGGGAUGAAAGGCCUGCCGGGAGAACCAGGGGCCCCUGGCCAGCUAGGACUCAGUGGCCUUCCAGGGCCACAAGGCCCCGCAGGAGCAGAUGGUAUCCCUGGAGCACCAGGAAGGAAGGGCGAGAGGGGAUUCCCUGGGAUGUUAGGGUUCCCAGGAAUGCCUGGACUCCCUGGUACCCCUGGGGGCCCUGGGAUAAAGGGUCUACCAGGGUCCCCCGGACUGGACGGGCUGACAGGAGAAUUUGGAGCUAAGGGUCUAAAAGGGGAUCGGGGGAUUCCUGGUCGUCCAGGGCCACCGUCUGUACCUGCCAGAGUCGGACUGCUGGUGAAAGGGGAACCAGGGGAUAUUGGUCCUAGCGGCCUUCCUGGAUUCCCUGGACCAAGAGGUGAUAAAGGACUACUGGGUCCGCCAGGUCGUCAGGGUCUUCCAGGUCUGCCUGGGUUCCCUGGCCAGGAGCAAGGUGCGCCUGGAGCCCCUGGGAUACCUGGACCCCCUUCCCCUCCUGGCUUCCCUGGACCCAAGGGCUCUCCUGGCAUCAUCGGUUUCCCUGGCAUGCCAGGGCCCAGGGGUGAUGAUGGGGCACCUGGUACACCUGGAUUUGGUGGCACCCCAGGGCAACCUGGUACAAAGGGUGAACGCGGUGAUUCCUUCAGCUCACCUGGAGCCCCCGGCUCUAAGGGUCCACCUGGAGAUUCUGGGUUCUCUGGUCCAAAUGGUGAUCCAGGCCUGCAGGGAGACACUGGUAUCCCAGGAACCCCUGGAUUCAGUGGACAGAAGGGACUUCCAGGAGAUCCAGGCCGUCCAGGGCUGAUGGGUACCCCAGGAUUUCCUGGUAGCAGGGGUCUGACAGGUCUCCCGGGGCGGAGAGGGACAGAAGGUGCUCCUGGUUUCCCUGGGGCUCCAGGCCCUGCUGGCCAGAAAGGUUUACCAGGCUCUCCAGGGCUCGAUGGUCUGAAUGGACUUGGAGGUCCUAAAGGCCUACCUGGAACUCCAGGUCUAGUUGAACCUGGGCCUCCUGGGCUACCAGGCAUUAGUGGACUGAAGGGUGAAAGAGGUUCUUCUAUAGGUGGAGGUCCAGGCUUCCCUGGAGAGAAAGGGCUCCGAGGGAACCCAGGUGCCCCUGGUGCGAUAGGUUUCCCUGGCCUGCCUGGCCUUCGAGGGGUCUCCGUCACCUCAGACAUUGUUGGGCCUCUUGGAGACCCUGGCUUGCCUGGACUUGAUGGAGAGCAAGGUUUCCGUGGCCCCCCUGGCCCCCCAGGGCCUCCUGGUCCUGGCACCGACCAGGGUGACCGAGGAGACGCAGGAUUCCCUGGCUUCCCUGGUAUACCAGGCCCACGUGGUGACCCCGGGGCACCAGGAUCCCCUGGAGAACCCGGCAACCCAGGAUUCAAAGGCGAGAGAGGUGACACUGGUUUCAGCGGUGCUCCAGGACAAGUGGGCAUCCCUGGAGACCCUGGAUUCAUCGGGGGAAGGGGACUAAAGGGGCCCAGAGGCCUUGCUGGCAGUAAGGGACUCCCUGGAGUGGUAAUUCCACCACCCCCCAUCAAACAGAUGCCACUUGGGGAGGCCGGACCACAAGGAAUCCCAGGGUUGCCUGGAGAUUCAGGGUUUCCUGGUCAACCUGGACUACCUGGGCGUCAAGGCCAGAAAGGCCUAUCUGGAAACCCGGGAAAGCUUGGAGGUAGUGGACAGCCGGGUCCCCCAGGGCUGAUUGGAGAUCCUGGACCUGCGGGUUUCCCUGGACCCAUCGGAGAGCAAGGAACACCUGGGAAACAGGGCCCGCCUGGGGCCCCCGGUGCGACGGCGCGAAGCAGCAAUAUCGGCUACACGCUGGUGAAGCACAGCCAGGCCAGCCAGGUGCCCCCCUGCCCGCAGGGCAUGGCCAAGCUGUGGGAGGGCUACAGCCUACUGUAUGUGGAGGGCCAGGAGAAGGCCCAUAACCAGGAUCUGGGGCUGGCCGGCUCCUGCCUGCCCCGCUUCAGCACCAUCCCCUUCCUGUACUGCAACGUCAACGAGCUCUGCUACUUCGCCAGCCGCAACGACAAGUCCUACUGGCUGUCCACCACGGCGCCCAUUCCCAUGAUGCCCGUGUCCGAGGAGCAGAUCUCACAGUACAUCAGCCGCUGCUCCGUGUGCGAGGCCCCCUCCCAGGCGGUGGCUGUUCACAGCCAGGACCUCACCAUCCCUUCCUGCCCCCGGGGCUGGAGGAGCCUGUGGAUCGGCUACUCCUUCCUGAUGCAUACCGCGGCCGGGGCCGAGGGCGGCGGGCAGUCCCUGGUCUCGCCUGGCUCCUGCCUGGAGGACUUCCGUGCCACGCCCUUCAUCGAGUGCAACGGCGCCCGCGGGACCUGCCACUACUUCGCCAACAAGUACAGCUUCUGGCUGACCACCGUGCAGCCCGAGCGGCAGUUCGUGGAGGCCCCGCCGCAGGAGACACUGAAGGCCGGUCAGCUCCGCUCGCGUGUCAGCCGCUGCCAGGUCUGCAUGAAGAUCUUGUAGCUGCGCAGACGCAGAUGGGCAUGCAGAAAGAGAGAGAGAGAGAGAGAGAGAGACUGACAUCAGAGCUGAGGAUCCAACAGAUUGCCGAGAGAGAUUUAGGAAACAAGAGAAAAAACACCGGCAGACUUCACAUCCACUUCCACCCCCCUCUUGUCUUGAAGAAAGAAAUCAGAGGCUGCUGACCUAGGCUUUUUUCCUCUGGGUUUUGUGCCUUUUGUGUCAAGUUGGGGAGGAGGGUUCUGUGUGAUUGCUCUGUGAUAGUUGUGGAUGACAUUGGUGCUACUUGUUUUUAAGUUUCUAUUUUUUUGUUUUUAUUUCCUCGUCGCGAUUCCUCUGAAUUAUUCACGGCUACCUCGGAGAGCAUAUCAAAACAUCCCUCGCCUUAGCACUGAAUUGUUAUAUUUAUCAUUCAAUUAACAUAGCUGCCAACCUGCAAACAGUUAGUGACAAAUGUUUGUAAGUGCUUUUCAAAUGUAUAUAUGUUUUGUUUGUUUUUUUUUACUUUCACCUGUUCCAUCAGGACAAACUGGUGCUUUCCUGAAUCGCAAGAGUUUACAAAUUCCUCUUUAAUUCUGCCGUCACUAAAGGGCAAUCCGGCACUUUUUAAAACUCGAGCGAAUGAAUGAAUGCAAAGUAAAACUAUCCCUUUCCUGAAACACUGUGCCUUCAUAUUUCAUCAGCAUGAACACACCGGUUCUGAGGGGUAUUGCACUGACCUGGAUUCCAGGCAUAGCUGAGUGAAGGGUCUGUUUAGGCAUCAGGGAGAUUAGCUGUGUCUCCUGAAUUGUAAAUGAGAACUGGCUGAGCAGCUAGAGUCACAGGCCCUCGGUGCCUGAGAUACACUGAUCCCCUAUCCCACGAAAAAGGAGCAUGGACACGCACUCAGCCGGUCAAAAAUAUGUACAACCAACAGAAUCUCCUCCUCUUUUGAGUGUAUGCUCAAAAUGUGGAAACCUUUUCAAAUCAUUUCAGCAGCACAGUGCCAUUUACCCGGUGUGGAUUCCCCAGCUCCCAGUGAGCAAAAUGGGAAGGGCUAAUGAGCUACUCUCUCUGGGCUAGAUUAGCCCUCAGGAAAGAAUCCCAAAACACCACCUGUUGAAACUCACAGUGUGACUCAGAUGUGAAGCGUUGCAUGUGAAGACACAUUUUAAAGACCAAAGCAUACUGUAAAUAGGUUCCCACCCCCUCACCCCAUCACCCCAUUAUAUGCCCUGUCCGUGGAUUCUUAAAGGAAUGGGGUGUCAUGUGACCACUAUAACCACUGACUCUCACCAGACUGUCUCUCACUGGUAGCCUUGAGUACUUUUUAAAAUUUCAUUUUAUUUUCAUGAUUUUGUCAUGUGUGUGUGAGUAGCUGGAUUGUGUACUGUUUUUACUACACUGCAUCCCUGUUGUUUAAUAAAAGUUAAUAAAUAACAAAAUGACAUCAGAAUGCAAAAAUCAGGGGAUGUGAUCUGUAUAUUCGAUGGUGGAAAACAAAACUUUUAUAACUUUUUUG